AUGAAGAGCGAUGAAGGAACUCCUCCACCACAGCUGAGCGAUGUUGAAUCACAGUUGAGCGAUGUGGAACUGAGUGGGUCAAACAAAAGAGAAGAAAAUGAAGAUGAGAUCUACCCAAGCCGACCACCAUCUCUUCUGCAUGAUGUCCCUAUCCCACCACCAUCUCCCAUGGAACAGUGA